GCUCGCUGCCGGGACGCAGCGGGGCCGUCCCCGCGCCCGCCAUGUGGAAGCUCAACAAGAGCAGCAAAGUUCUGCUGGACGAUUCGCCCGAGGAGGAGGAGACGCGUCCCCGCGGGCCGCCGCCCGCCGCCGCCUUCGCGGCCCCCCAGAAUAAAGACCAGUUUCUUCAUGAUGAAGUUUCAUCUUCAGUGUCACAUCUUGCAUCAAAGGUUCAAGGUGCAAGUUUCCGGGGCUGGAAGGAAGUGACGUCCAUGUUCAAUAAAGAUGAUGAACAGCAGUUGCUAGCAGGAUGCAAGUCUCCAAAAUCCAAAGGAACAAACCUAAAAUUAAAGGAAGAGAUGAAGUCUGAAAAGAAGCCAGGAUUUUGGGACAGUUUGGUCAUAAAGCAGAAUGUUGCAUCUAGGAAACCAGAUGAGAUUGAGGGAUGGGAACCACCACAGAUUACCACUGCUAACUCUACCAGUGAUGCAGCAACUCCUUUAAGUGACUAUACAGCCUGGUCAGGCUGGGAAGAUGAAACCAAAGGCUCCACAAAAUACACAAACCUGGCCAGCUCAGGAAACAGUUCCAGGUGGAGUAUCAAAUCAGCUGGAAAGCUGGUUAGUAUUCGACGUCAAAGCAAAGGUAACCUUACUGACAACUGGGAAGAGCUAGAAUGAUACUGGUAAUGUGAAAUACUUUAUAUGUAAGAAGAGAACAGUUCCAUGAUUUACUCACAUGUUUAAACCAAAAUCAAUUCUGCUCAAUAUUGCACCUUUAUACAGUACUUUGUUUUAUUCAGAUUGUUACAAAUUUUUGCUCACCUGAUAGUAAAUUUUCUUAUUACAUUGUUAAUAGCUAUGUUUUCCACACUGAAAAAAAAGUAGAGAAUCUAUUUUGUGCCUAUAUUUCACAUUCAGACUCUGCAGUAUGUCAGAUUGUUAGUUUUACCAAAAAAAAAAAAAAAAAAAGUAAUUCCUUAGUGAAUGUAUACACUGGUUGUAAAUUUGACUGCCUUAUGAAGGAACUUCCACUAGCUUGAGGUCCUGCUUCUUUUCUGGUAUUUGAGGGCCAUUCAAAAUUUUAGUUUUGAUGCUGUCCCUUUUAAACUAAGAAUACCAGUCUGUUAUUGCAGGGAAAGUGCUCGUACUUAGUACUGUUUUCCAAAUCUUCAGCCUCAGCAUAUGCAUCAGCUUGUGCAUACAAGAUGCUUACUGCCACAUUGUGCUGUACUCUGUGCGACAUAGGAAAAUACUAUUCUAAUGUAAUUCCUUCCUUUACAAGAUUGUCACCAACAGUUGGGUCAAAUGGGUCUUCCAGAGUUGGGGUCUUUCUGUGUUUUGUUUUGUUUUUUUUUCCUGUGGUUUUUUUUGUUGUUGUUGUUGGUUUUUUGUUUGUUUGUUUUCUUUCUUUUUUUGAUUGGUUUUGUUUGGUUUUUUUUUUAAUAUUGAACUUUUUUUGACAAAGAUAAGUUUCUCAAUUUUUAAAAUGCAUGUUAUGCCCAAAAUAGAAAUGAUUGAAAAUUUGGAAAACAGCAUUGAGUAAAGUGUAAGAUGAUCUCAAUAUUCUGGGGGAAUAUUGAAUCUGGAGAUAGGAAUAAGUUGCUUCUUAUGGAAGGGCAUAGUUUUCAUUUUUUUUACAAUAGCUCUUCCUUGUUCUACAAACAACUUUUUUGGUUUUGGCUGUGUUUUUCCUUUCUUCCCACUGCAUAAGCAAUGAUUAAAUUAUACUCUGGCAUUUUCAGGGUAGCUGAGUAACUGAGCCAUUGCAAGUAUGUGCAUGCACACAAUUUCUGAAGCAUUUUUAUUGAAAAGUUCCAUCUUAUGAGCUACUGAUACUUUGAUUUUUUGGUAAAAGAAGGUGAAAUGUUAAACUUGAGGUUUGAAAUGUAUAUAUGACUAAUAAAAGUGCCUCUUUUUAGCAUAUUAUCUCUCACUAGCGGUGCAGCUGAUGUCAGAUCCAAAGUUAGUUUCUGUUUUGUUUAUAUGACCCCCACAAAGGCUACUUUAACAUUCAUGAAUGAAAAUCAAACCAAAAGUUUCAUAAGAAAUGAACAGUAGGCCUUUUCUCUCCUGAUUGUUAAGCUGGUGUAACAGAACUGAAAUUUGACUGUCUAGCAAUAUGGCCAAUGCAGUCAGAAGAUGAAGCUAGCAUGUUAGAGAAAAUCAGCAUUUUAACAAGAAAGUAUAGCCCUUUAUAUAACAAAUGUCUUGUAAACAUAUUUUUGCAAGAAGCUUAUGGUGAUGAAAAGGGAUGCAUGCAAAUUUUUUUCUGUGCUUGUUUCUAUUACUGCCACAUUACUCCUCCUUUAGCUCUCUCUUUCUCCUCUUUCCUCCAAUUCAUGUAUCGUUUUUUGGCUUGCAGUUCCUGCUUAGCUUUUUUUGGAAAUUCCUGCUGAGAUGUGCCUGAAGGGAAACUGUAGCAAAAUGGUUUUAGUUGGUUUUUUUUGUUUGUUUAUUUGGUUGGGGUUUUUUUUCCCCCUAAUAUUAUUGGAUGCUAAAAGAUGUUGCUUUUAAGUUUACGAAAAAGAACGGUGAUGUUUUGUGCUACAAAACAGAAUCUUGCAACUAGCAAAUAUACUUGUAGAAUUUGCAUUAGAUAUUAAAAAGUAUUAAUAGGGGAGAAAAGGUUAGCAUUUAUAUUGCAUUGUUUAGUCUGUGAGUAACCUCUGUUUUUGCCUUGGGCAAGUAUGUAUGCUGAGGUUAAUUAUAGGAAAGAAUUAGUAUUCUUGGGUAAAGUAUGCUGCAUUUUAUAGUUUAUAGAAUACCCUCUAAGGCAUGAGCUAGUAUUUAAUUUGGUUGUUGGUGCUGAUCUGAAAGAACAGAAAAAGCUCUGUAAGGAGCUCUUAAUAUUUUGCUCUCAAAGACGGACUGAGAACUUUUAAUUUCACUCCUGAAGAAACUAUUUAUACUGUGACCAGUAAGGGUUUUGCCUUGCACAUUAUACUGUCAAGUGCCUGUUUCUCACCUUGAUGAUGUGUUUGAUGCACAGCUUAACUGCAACCUUUUUCAAUUUGUUUUUAGAUGUAUGAGAAAGAAUAUGCUCAUCUGAAGCCUAUUAUAAAACAAAAGUGGGUAAUUGAGAUAUGUAAAAUUCCAGUUUCACUCCUAGUGAUGAAAGUUUUGUUGUGCUUUUUAAGUGAUAUUUCCUCAGAAAUAACCAUUUUAAGGAUCAACAUUAUUAAAUUUAAUAUAAUUUAUUGUUAUGCUUUAAUAAUGUAUUUGUCUGUUGAGAACUCACUGGUGUGAGCUUUCCUUCUCAUGUUUAUAAAUGUGUCUGAAUUUUCAGGAUGGGGUCCUUUAAUCUUUUACAUUUGUUAGAUGCUUAACUACAUUAAAUGUUAUAAGCUUAAGCUAUACACAGCUCCAUAUGUGGAAUAAGUGUAGAAAAUGUCCCUUAUAUUUGUUUUGAAAUUGCAUUUCAAUCUAUGUGAAAUGUUUUAGAAGAAGGUAGCAUUAAGAUUGUAUGAUAAGAUUGCACAAAAUAAAAUAUAGUUUAUAUUGCUUUCUCGUAGCCAAUCUGCAUGAUUGUUGGCGUGGUUUUAACGGGAAUUAAAAGCUUUGCGUGGCUGUUACUAGUCACUUAGCCCUGAGCAAAGUUCUUUCUGAGUAUUUUUAUUUAUUAGCAUCAUUUGCAAA